AUGCCAGUGGCGGGCGGCUUCCUGUUCUCACUGCGUGAGGCGUUGAUGUGGAGCGUUGUGUUUGCGCUCUGUGGCGCAGCCGUUGGAGAUGUCCACUCAGCGCUCUCUACCCUCGCUUUUGGCCUCAUAGUGAGCUUGACGAUACCAAUGAAAUUGAUGGAUAUACACCAUAUGUUGCUGGCCGAUGUGAAUGGGAAGUCCUCCGUGGUGAAGUUUUUUAAAAAACGGGACGGAAAUGCACGAAAGGCGAAGGAAACAUUUUUGCUGCUCACAGCCAUCGUCUUGGGUGCGUCCAUCACGCAGCCGGACUGGCAUGAGUGGUUUCAGGCUUGGCCGUAUCCUGUCGUAACCUCAUUCGCAUUGAUGCGUGCAGCCCUGCUGCUUUUCGGCCUGCGGCGGAAGGUGUGA